UUUUUCGUCUCGCUCUCUGCUCUCUCCGCUCCCCCGCGAAGGGUAGAGCUCUGUCUUUCUAAAGAGGGCGCCGGGAAGAGUGGAGAGACUAGGGAGAUCCUCAGCUCCUCAUCUCUCUCUCUCUCUCCUGAGGUUGAUUCCAGAAUCAUUCCGUGGGAACUUGGAGAGCAAUGCAGGCAAGCUCGAAUUCGGACGUGGAGAAAAGCCUAGUCGAGAUGUCCGGCCUCGAUUUCCUUAUAGCGCUGCUGACCGGAAAAUCUGGUUCCGGCGACGUGACGACUCGCGGUCUGGCUCUCCGAGAAAACCCGCAAUUGAUCGUGUUGCUGACGACGCUUUUAGCGGCGUUCGUCGGGUGUUUGUUCGUCUUCUGGAGGCGGUUCUCCGGCCAGAAGCCCGCGAGGCCGUCGGAGGCUCCGCGGCCGCUCAUCGUGCGCGAUGACCCGGACGUGGACUUGGAUCCUGGGAAGAAGAAGGUGACGAUCCUGUUCGGCACGCAAACCGGCACCGCGGAGGGAUUCGCGAAGGCUUUAGCUGAGGAAGCAAAGGCACGUUAUGAUAAGGCAACUUUUAAGGUUGUCGACCUGGAUGACUAUGCUGCAGAUGAUGAAGAAUAUGAAGACAAACUGAAGAAAGAAACAUUAGUCAUUUUGACAUUAGCCACUUAUGGAGAUGGUGAACCAACUGAUAAUGCUGCAAGAUUUUAUAAAUGGUUUACAGAGGGAAAGGAAGAAACUGAUAAAUGGCUUGAGCACCUUUCUUAUGCUGUUUUUGGUUUGGGCAACAGGCAGUAUGAGCAUUUUAAUAAGGUUGCCAAGGUUGUAGAUGAGAAGCUUAAUGAACAAGGUGCGAAGCGUCUGGUCGCAGUUGGACUUGGUGAUGAUGAUCAAUGUAUUGAGGAUGAUUUUGGUGCAUGGAAAGAGCUAUUAUGGCCUGAAUUGGAUCAGUUGCUUCGUGAUGAAGAUGAUGCUCCAGUUGCUUCUUAUACUGCUGCUGUUCCAGAAUACAGGCUUGUAGUUCAUGACUCAAAAGCUGCAGUGUUGGAGGACAGAUUUUUAACUGUGGCCAAUGGAAAUGCUUUGUUCGACAUCCACCACCCAUGCAGGUGCAAUGUGGCUGUUCAAAGAGAGCUUCACAUGCCUGCUUCUGACCGAUCCUGCAUACAUUUGGAGUUUGAUAUUGGAGGAACGGGCCUUAUGUAUGAGACUGGAGAUCAUGUUGGUGUCUAUGCUGAGAAUUGCAUUGAAACAAUUGAAGAAGCAGGAGUUUUGUUAGGACAGCCAUUGGAUUUGGUAUUUUCAAUCCAUGCAGACAAUGAAGAUGGUACAGCACUUGGAUGCUCAGUGCCACCUCCAUUUCCAGGCCCGUGCACUUUAAGAACAGCACUUGCCUGUUAUGCAGAUCUCUUGAAUCCACCAAGAAAGGCUGCUCUUGUUGCUUUGGCUGCCCAUGCAUCUGAUCCAAAUGAAGCUGAUCGACUAAGGUUCUUGUCAUCACCUGCAGGAAAGGACGAGUACUCACAGUGGGUAGUUGGCAACCAAAGGAGUCUUUUGGAAGUAAUGGCUGAAUUUCCAUCUGCCAGACCUCCUCUUGGUGUUUUCUUUGCAGCAGUAGCCCCUCGUCUACAACCCAGAUAUUAUUCAAUUUCAUCAUCUCCCAGAUUUGCACCCUCAAGAAUUCAUGUCACAUGUGCAGUAGUAUAUGGACCAAGUCCAACAGGAAGGAUUCAUAUGGGUGUUUGCUCAACGUGGAUGAAGCGUGCAGCGCCCCUAGAGAAGAGUCAUGAUUGUAGUUGGGCUCCAAUUUUUGUAAGACAGUCAAACUUUAAGCUUCCAGUGAACUCAUCAACUCCAAUUGUUAUGAUUGGUCCUGGUACUGGUUUGGCACCUUUCAGAGGAUUUCUGCAGGAAAGGUUGGCGCUGAAAGAAGAGGGAGUUGAACUUGGUACUGCUGUUCUUUUCUUUGGGUGCAGAAAUCGCAAGAUGGAUUUCAUUUAUGAGGAUGAAUUGAAGAACUUUGUUGAUCAAGGAGUGCUGACGGAGCUGGUUGUUGCCUUCUCCCGUGAAGGACCACAGAAGGAAUAUGUUCAACAUAAGAUGAUGGAGAAGGCAGCAUAUCUCUGGGAUGUGAUAUCUGAAAAUGGUUAUAUCUAUGUUUGUGGUGAUGCCAAAGGAAUGGCAAGAGACGUCCAUCGUACUUUACACACCAUCGCCCAGGAGCAGGGACAAUUGGAUUCAACAAAAGCCGAGGCAGCAGUUAAAAAACUACAGACAGAGGGAAGAUACUUGCGAGAUGUUUGGUGAUGCGCCCCUCAGUUGAAGGUGAUCUCUGUUUGAACUUGUUGGCCGGUUUCCCUGUGUGCGUACAGUGGCACAAGGAGAGGCGUCUUGUGAGUUGCCCCCAUUAAAUUACUCAGGAGGGGUUCGUGUUUCUUCAUGACAAAGAAAGCAAGCCCUCCUGGGUGUUAUUGAAGUAUCACCAAUUGUAAUUUGUGAGUAUACUGUCCUGGAUAAAAUAAUGGUUGCACCAGAAUAAGCGUGUUAUGGGUACAUGUAAAGGAGUAGUUUAGAGGGUUUCAUAUUA